AGUUUCUCUUCCUCACCACCGUGUCAACUCUUAUUCAAACUCACACAAUCUUAACAACAAAACCACACUCUUUUAUUAUUUUAUUUCAAAUUAAAAUGGGUGAUGAUAACAUUACUAUUACCAGUGUCAAUAACAAGAAACGGUUACGUGAUGAAUCGUCCGAGUCAGAAGUUGAAUCGUCUGAGGCAAAACGAAUCAGAGACGAUUUACUCGAUUUUUUGAACGAUUCCGAUCCUACACCUUCAACACAAGAUCUUGACUCCGUUAUGAAGAGUUUGCAGGAUGAGAUUUCUGCUUCGUCUUCUCUACGUGUGACGUCAGAUUCCGGCGAGUCUCAGAUAGGGUAUCUUCUUGAAGCUUCCGACGACGAACUCGGUCUUCCACCGCCUGGAUAUGAAUAUCUGACGGUGAAGGAAGAUAAGAAAGAUGAAACUGAGUUGAGCCGAGUUUUGUCUGACUCGUCUGGAAUCGGUGAGUUAUGGGAGUUUGAGAAUCAGAUACCGAGUUAUGAUGAAUCGUUUGAUUUAGGAACUGGAUUUGGAAGUUAUGGUUAUGAGAAUAAUAAUAAUAGUGAUAGUGAUUAUGUUGCGUUUGAUGGGAUUUUUAAUCAUUCGGAUUUGUAUUACGAUUCCAAUGAAUUUUCUGAUCCGUGGCGGCAUGGAACUUUGCCGGCACAGUAGAAUUUAUUAUGAAGAAAGAAAAAAAAUAUCAGAAAAGGGGAAAAAGAAUUUUCCUAAAUUAAUUUGUCUAAUGAAAUUUUUUCUUAGGCAUGUAAAUCUUUUUCUCUCUCCGCUAUUACCUUUUUGUUCCCUUUUUUUCUAGAGAUAAAAAAAGGGAAUUAUAGGAUAUAUAAAUUAAAAAUGAUGAAGAUGUGAAUCAUGGAACAUGCGUUCGUGGUGAUGAAAUCGUUUAUUUAUUUAGUUUUUUUUUCUGGAUUCCUGAAUUUAAUUUA